UCCCUCCUCGAUCAUGUGACCAAAGCCCACGUAAUCAACGUCCACCGUCCGAUCCAAACAGCGAAUCCACGUGGUACUGCUCAUCACGAAAACGGUGUUUAUGUUUCAAUUCUUUGACGUGUCUAUAACUAUUUAUGGUCUCGUAAGAACAAACUUUAUAAAAACCAAUGGGUCUUAAUGUUUAGCAGAGAUUAAACUGCAAAGGCACGGAGCCCGAAAAUUUCUGUUAAAAUUUUCGCGGGCGAUAUGUAAAGUGCUUGGUUUUUCGUUACUGGGUGCUUUUUUUGGUUGUUUUUUUUUUUUUUUUAAAUAUCGAGAAUCGAAGAAGAACGAGAUAUCCGGGGAUGGGUGAUGUAGGGUUUUUCGAGAAAACUGAUUCUGGGGAAAAUGAAGGUAUUUUGGGAGGAAGUGAAGAGAACAGCAAGAAAGAAAACGAAGAAGAAACUGCCGUUUUUAGUAGGCAGCAGGAGGCAACAUUCAAUCUCGAUCUUAAUCUGCAGCCAGUGGAAGAGGAUUUUGGAAACACUUUUUUGGGAUUUGAUUUAGGAUUUCCUGAGAAACAUGCGGAUGAUUCCACCAAUUCAAAAAGUCUUGUCUUUGGCGUUGAUCUGAGGAGAAUGGAAAGAUACCCAGAUGUUGAAAUUGUUGGUUCUCCAAGCAAAAAGAGGAGAUUUUCUGUUGAAGAAAAAGGAAAAGCAAAAUUAGAUGGUUUUGAUGAAGAGGAAGAAAAACUGAAUCUUGAUCUUGAUUUGGGAUUGACGCAGAUAGGAAUAGAUAAAGCGAUUUCAUCUUUCGGUCCUCCAAUCGAAGCAGAGGAGCAAAAAGAUACUGAAGUUGAAUUUUUGGGAAGUACUAAUACUUUGAAUACUAUUGAUCUUGUUGUAGGGGAAAUUGAUUAUAAGAGGAAUGAUGAAACGGAGGAAUUUUACGUCUCAAGAAAGAGGGAAGAAUCAAGAAGACACCACGAGAUUGCUAGAAAAUUUGCCCAAAGGCUUGCACAUGAAGUUGAUUCUGAAGGAGAUUUUUUGAAAUCUUUUUCUAAGACAAAUAAGGAUGGAGCUUUAAAGAAUGUUGUUGUUGUUGUUGUUGAUGAUGAUGAUAAGGCAGAAGACUCAGAAAGUCCUUUUGGUAUGGCAUUAGAGAUGAUCAAAACCCGAAAUUCGAGUUCAACUGACAAAAAGAAGUACUCAAGGGGUGGAUUGGAGGCGGAGUUCAAAUGGGUGCCUAAGAAUUAUAAAGGGUCGUCCAUUUCUAUGGCUCGUGACGUUCCAUCAUUGCUGGACCUUAGUUUGCGUGCUCUUGCAAAGAAUGCCGAGGCAAUGGUAUCGCUCGAGCAUGUUCCUGAUGUGCUGAGGCAUAAGCUUAGUCAGUUGGUGUGUGAUAAUCGGAAAAUGGAUGCUCAUUUUCUGGAACUUCUUGUUAGGGGAUCACCAACAGAGAUACGAGUGAAUGACUGUUCAGGAGUAACUGAAGACGAAUUCACCAAGAUGUUUGGCUGUUGUGAUACUAAGAACUUGAUUGUUCUGCAGCUUGACUUGUGCGGAUCAUGUUUGCCUGAUUAUGUGUUACAAGGCACCUUAGCUCAUUCAUCAAAUAGCCUUCCUGCUCUAGUUACCUUGUCUCUGGAUGGUGCAUAUCGUUUGUCAGACAAAGGGCUAAAUCUACUUGCGCUGUCUGCACCUGCUCUGCAGUCAAUAAAUCUGAGCCAGUGUUCCCUUCUCACAUCUGCUGGCAUCAACAAUCUAGCUAGCUGUUUUGAAUCUACCUUAAGAGAGCUAUAUUUAGAUGAAUGUCAGAAUAUACAAGCUAUGGUUGUAUUGCCUGCACUGAAAAAGCUUAAAUGUCUGGAAGUGCUGUCAUUGGCCGGAAUUCAGACUGUUUGUGAUGAUUUUGUCGUUGGAAUGGUUGAAGCAUGUGGCAAAAAUAUGAAAGAGCUUGUUUUGGCUAAUUGUGUGGAAUUGACUGAUAUAUCUCUCAAAUUUGUGGGAAAAAAUUGUUCCAGAUUAUGUGCCCUUGACCUCUCUUACUUGCAUAACUUGACGGAUUCAUCAAUGAGAUAUCUUGCCAAUGGCUGUCGAUCAAUUACCAAACUUAAACUGUGCCGCAAUGGUUUUAGUGAUGAAGCUAUUGCAGCCUUCUUAGAAGCCUCUGGAGGUUCUCUAACUGAACUGUCCCUGAAUAACAUUAUUUCGGUGGGGCUGAACACUGCAUUGUCACUUUCCAAAUGUUCAAGAAAAUUGUUCAGUUUGGACCUAUCAUGGUGCCGCAAUUUAACAGAUGAGGCACUGGGACUGAUUGUUGAUAGUUGCCUGUUACUGAGGCUGUUAAAACUCUUUGGAUGUACACAGAUUACAGAAGUGUUUUUAGGUGGGCAUUCAAAUGCCCAGGUGCAGAUCAUUGGACUGAAAAUGACAACAGUAUUAAAACAUCUCAAUAUGCUUGAACCCCAAGAAGCUCCAUUGCGCUAUUCACCUAUCAGUAGUUUAUGAUGAAUGGUAGAGCUUGAAUAACUUGGUUACCCAGUUUGCAAGGCCCAGCUUCAUUCAUUGACUUAUACAAAAGCAACACUGACAACUAAAAGUACCCUCUUUUACUUGUCCAUUCAAAGCCUUCAGUUUUGAAAACAUACCUACGAAAUUGUUACCAGACACCAAACCGGCUAAUCUCUUUAGAGAUAUACCUCACUCUUUUUUUGGUGUCCUAGCAAAUUCGCAAUCAACCAAAAAUUGUAUAUGGUCGAUGGAAUAUUUUGGAUAGUUUUUAUGGUCAUAUUAAAGAGAUAGAAUUCUUCUCCCUUAUUGAGUGUUUCA